CUCCCGCCCGCCACAUCACACACAAGAUCUCCAGUGGUCUCCAGUCUGCAUUUCUGCGCCACAGACUGAGGAGGGAAAGAGGCAAGGAUGGGGGGGAGGCGGGGUGUGUGUGUUGCCAUGGGGAUGAAAGGUCCUUCAGGCAGCUGCUGAUUCGCUGGCGCUGCACAGCACCAUUUUUCCAUUCUUGUCCCUCACCACGCGGCCCAUCCACCAGGAGGAGCUACGCACAGUUCCUUUUGGACCUUCCCGAACCGGACCUGCUGCUGCCACCACACGUGGGGAUGCACGGUCCUGUGGAGCACAUCUGAGGAGAGGAUUCGAGCAGCAACAGAGGGCGAUAAGAUGGCCUUCGGCUGCUGAGUCCAAGAGUGUCCAAGCACACUGAUUCCUCCUCUUCUUGCACUGCAUCAGCCAUGAAGUCAGAUGUUCUGGGGACUGCUAACAAGUCAGGAGAAGGACAAACGUCCAAGGCAAAGACAGAAAAAAAGCCCGGAGAGCGGAGCGCAGCGGCGGCAAAGCCAAAGACGUCAUCGGCUAGUGCGCCAGUUUUGAAUGGCACUGGAGCGGCGUCGGGAGCCAGGCGGGAGGUCGCCAGCGCCCACGGUUCUGCUCGCUCCCGUGCAGUGAAGGAGACAGAAAAGAAGCCGGGAACGAGACCUAAAACUUCUCCCCCGAGCUGCACUGCGGUGAGGACGCAGAGAAGCGUGACUGUGAAGGCCGACAGCAUAACGCACCACACCGCUUUGUCCACAUCAGGCGGCGCCUCGCCAGAAAAUGGCACCAGCAGCCCUCGAAACGGCACCCAGUCUCUCCCAGGAGCAAAGCCCAAACAGCAGGCUAAACUGGUGAACAAACCCACGCUGACAAAGUCAGAUUCCACGAAGAACAGCAGUCCUGCCAACAAGAUAAGAGUGAAAGAAAGUGUCAAAGCGAAGACAGCAGAGGGUGCUGUAGGAGCAUCACGAGCAGAACACAAAGGCAAAGGAGUCCAAGCCAACCAUGAUGCCAGGCAUGGACCUGCUGGGAAAAAGGUUACUUUGUCCAGGAAAGAAUUAGACAGCAAUGAAGUGUUGAAAUCCUCCACACCAAACAAGCCACAGUGUGAAACUGCCAAGAAGGUUCUCACUGGAACCUCUGCUAAAACCAGUACUAAACCCACCAAAGCCUCGCCAACUCCUUCAAAGCAACUGACAACUGCUACCAAGUCAGGACCAAAGCUGAAAAGUAUGACUGAGACGACUAUCAACACUGAAAAAGCCUCACCAAAAUGUGGAGCAAUUUUUAAAACUGCUAAAGGGCCAACAAAAGCAAAAGAGGCUGAGAAUGGUAAAAAUUUGGUCUGUAAAUCCAUAUCUGCUCCACAUAAAAAUGUUGAAGAUAAUAACAGUAGCAAGGGGCUGGCAAGCUCUGAUGAGCCAGAAGCACAACCACCAAGCCAAGAACAAGACUCACUCAGCCUCCAUCUGGACUCAACAUCAUCUACUCCCAGUGUCCACAAAAAUGAAAUACAGUCUGCCACCACAAACGAGGCAGAGGACCUUACCGCUGCACCACAAGAAGUCAGAUCUGUUAGCGCUGUUAAACAGUCUGAAAGUAACACAAGGUUAAGGUCUCCGUGUACCCCAAUAGACACCCCUUGCAGUAUAGGAAGCACUGGCACACCUUUGGAGGACUCCUGGAGCAGCAUUCACCAUCAGGUCAGCCCCGCGUCUGAGACUGGUAGCACACACUCCACGUCCUCAGACGACAUCAAGCCCCGCUCUGAGGACUACGACGCUGGAGGCUCUCAAGAUGAUGACUGCUCCAAUGACCGAGGUGUGUCCAAGUGUGGCACCAUGCGCUGCCAUGACUUCCUGGGGCGCAGCAGCAGCGACACCAGCACUCCGGAGGAGUUGAAGAUGUACGAAGGCGGAGCGGGGCUGAGAGUCGAAGUGAGGCUACGUGGGCGGGAGGCUGAGACCACAAGUGAGGAGGAGGGAACGAGACGCCGUCCCCGUUCGUGGUUGCAAAGGGAAGAGCAUUCAGGGGCCACUGUAACUACAAACAGCGUCCCUGAGAACCAGGCCUCCGAAGACGAGGACGAUGAUGAAGAGGAAACUGAGGAGGAAAGGUCUGAAGUUGAAGUGAUCUCCAGUCAGGGCCCAACUGAACCCUCGCCACCAUUUCAGGGUAUCGUCAACCUGGCCUUCGAUGAUGACACUCUAGACCAGGAGAACGAGCAACCAGACUUUCAGUCUACGUCCAAUUUCCGUCGAUCCAUUUUGCUCUCAGUGGACGAAUGCGAGGAGUUGGGUUCGGAGGAAGGUGGUGCCCAGACCCCCCAAGACCCUGAUGACACGGCCACCCCGUGUGAUGUUUUUGAAUCAGAUUCCAUAACUCCUCAGUCCCACUGUGCUCCCUCCCACUCGCCAAGUCAAUGUGAACAUUCAGGUACCAAGCACACAGAACAAAGUGAGGAACAUCAAGAAAAGUCCUUGGUAUUCCUGACAGAGGUUCAGGAACGUGCGCAAGAGGAGAGUAACAAAACUCAAGCAGACACAGAAAGGCCCAGUCCCCCUCUGCUGAGCACUGACACCAGAGACGCCCCGCCCCAGGAGCGGCCGUGUCACCUUGACCUGCGGCACACUCAACAGUACACCAACGGAACACUACGGAAAAGUCAAGCAGAAACCAAGAAGGCCGAUUUACAUCUGGACUUAAAUGAGCCACAAAUGACAGGAGACUCUCCUGUUCAUGCUGCACAAUCUCCAGCAGGCGGCAUUGCUUGUGACAGAUUGGAUCAAAGCGGCAAUCAUGAGCGGACGCCAUCCAAAGCCCUCUCCCCAAUUUACGAGACGGAUGCGGGAGAAACGCUUGAGCGCUGCAUGGGCAAGGACAGGAGCUUUAGACGUCGGGCGGAGGAAGGACAGCUGAGAGUGGAUGAGGAGCACACAGGCAGCGGGUUUGCCGAGCAGGACUGGAGCCUGCUCAGGCAACUCCUCUCGGAACAUGAGUCCAAUCUGGGUGUCAUAAACCCGGUGCCCGAAGAGCUAAACCUCGCCCAGUACCUCAUCAAGCAGACGCUGUCCUUGUCGCGGGACUGCCUUGACACGCAAGCCUUCCUGUCCCCGGAGAAGGAGACGUUCAAGCGCUGGGCAGAGCUCAUCUCACCCCUGGAGGACUCGUCCACCAGCAUCACGGUGACCAGCUUUUCCCCAGAAGACGCCGCUUCACCACAGGGGGAGUGGACCAUCGUGGAACUGGAAACACACCACUGACGCAAGGAGAACCUGUCGCACAAAUAAAACAUCAUAUUUAGCCAUUCAUUCUGAGCAAACAAUACAGUUUGUUCUAAUUAAUACAAGAUGCUAUGUUUUGUCUGUUACACUCAAUGGGGCUAUUAUGCAUGCAGACUUUUUAUGGAUGACUCACGUUGCUUCAAAUGUUUUAAAAAAGUAGGGGAAAAACACUCAUGUCAGUUUGACCAAUAUACCUUUAAGAAAACCAAUCAUUGGAUACAGCCUUGCCUUUUG